CAAACAAAUGGGGUCAUGCAAACUUCUGGAGAAUAUGAACAUUACAUUUGGGAAGUGAUUUGCAGACGUAAUAUCAAGUUUGUACGGAAUGGGUUCCUUUGCAUAACCUCAUUUCAGUUUAUGCAUCAGACAAAAUAACAUAGAAAAGCUAAAAUGGAGACAUUUACAUUGCAUGAUAUGCUCAAAAACUCCACUGAUCUUUAUAAGAUAUUAUGUGACUUUGGAAUCAAGAAUGUCUCGGGGUGCGACGAUGAAAGCCAGACGCGGCCGGAACCGAAAGAUUUGAACCAGACGGUGCGUAUCUUCCUCUACUGCCUCAUCUUCCUGGUCAGCGUGCUGGGUAACAGCCUGAUCAUCGCCGUGCUGGUGAGGAACCGCCACAUGCGCACCGUCACCAACCUGUUCCUGCUCUCACUGGCCGCCAGCGACCUGAUGCUCUGCCUCUUCUGCAUGCCCUUCACCCUCAUCCCCAACCUCAUGAGGGACUUUGUGUUCGGCUCGGGCAUCUGCAAGGUGGCCAUGUACUUCAUGGGUAUCUCGGUGAGUGUCUCCACCUUCAACCUGGUGGCCAUUUCUCUGGAGCGCUACAGUGCCAUCUGCAACCCCUUGACCUCCCGUACCUGGCAAACCAAGUCCCACGCCGCCAAGGUCAUCUCCGCCACCUGGGUGGUGAGCUUCCUGCUCAUGCUGCCCUACCCCAUCUCCAGCACUCUGGUGCCCUUCACCCGGGUCAACAACAGCACGGGCAACAUGUGCCGCCUGGUCUGGCCCAGUGAUGUCAUCCAGCAGUCCUGGUAUGUGUCCCUGCUGCUGCUCCUCUUCCUGGUCCCUGGGAUCGUGAUGAUGACAGCCUAUGGGCUCAUCUCCCUUGAGCUCUACAGGGGCAUUACGUUUGAGAUGACCAACAGGAAGUCCAGCAGAGACAGACAGUGCAGCACGGGCAGCAUCAAACCCGGCGACAACGACGGCUGCUACCUCCAGCCUGCCAAGAAGGGCGAGCUUGCCCACCUCCAGAGCCCUCUGUCGACCCACAGCCCGAACGUGACCAUCAAAAUCAGAGACAGCACGGGCAGCGCCAAGUCCACGCUGAGCCGCGUGUGCAGCAACAGCUCCACCUCUAACCUGAUGGCUAAGAAGCGUGUGAUCCGCAUGCUCCUGGUCAUCGUCUGUCUCUUCUUCCUCUGCUGGACACCUGUGUUUGCCGUUAAUGCCUGGAGGGCCUUCGACCGCCGCUCUGCCGACAAGCUCCUCUCGGGGGCGCCGAUAUCCUUCAUCCAUCUGUUGUCGUACACCUCGGCGUGUGUCAACCCAAUUAUAUACUGCUUCAUGAAUAACCGUUUCCGCCAAGGGAUUCUGUCCACCUUCACCUGCUGUAGCUGCCCCAAGGGCGGUGGGGUCGGGAGGGGGGCUGGGAGUAGGAUGGGGACGGGGGGAGGAAGAGGAGGGAUGAGGAGCAGAGAGGAGAACGGGCACACGCCAUCGAGAGGUAAUAGCACGCGCUUCACAUACAGUAGUAUCCGUGGCUCUGCUCAGGCUUAGCUUCCUUUGCCAUCAUCCACCAAUCAGAAGUAGGUAGUGGUCAUGAAGGCGGGGUGGCCUGUCCAAAGUGUCCCCCCCCCACCCACUGUUACAGUGAGAUUUUGGUCUCUGUUAUUAAGGUCAUGCCUUCUUUCCACUUCAAAGUCCCCGUGCCUGUGAGAGUGGACAUGUACACUGAGUAUUCCAACCAUUAGGAACACCUGCUCUUUCCAUGACAUAGACUGACCAGGUUAAUCCAGGUGGACGCUAUAAUCCCUUAUUCAAUGUCACCUGUUAAAUCCACUCCAAUCAGUGUAGAUGAAGUGGACGAGGCAGGUUACAUUUUUAAGCCUUGAGACAUGGAUUGUGGCUGUAUCCAGGCUGUACCACAUCCGGCCGUGAUUAGGAGUCCAGAGGGCGGCGCACAAUUGGCCGAGCGUCGUCCGGGUGUGAACGGGUUAGGCCGUCAUUGUAAAUAAGAAUUUGUUCUUAACCGACUUGCCUAGUUAGAUAAAGGUUACAUUCCUUUGAAAAGGGUAUGGUAGUAUGGAAGUUUCAUGCUCAACAGUUUCCCUUGUGGAACAAGACAUCCAGCCAACUUCACACAACUGCGGGAAGCAUCCCUUGGGAACGCUUUCGACACCUUGUAGAGUCCACGCCCCGACGAACUGAGGCUGUUUUGAUGGAAAAAGGGGGGCGCAACUCAAUAUUAGGAAGGUUAUGUAUUGACAAUCGUCACAGUCCCCCUUUACAGAACCUCUCCAUCUCCCCCAUGUGCAUUCAAAGCAGAAUGCCCCUUUGGAUGUACUUCAUAACUCCGUGUGUGUGUUCUGCUCCUCUCUGCAUAAAAAUCUCUUUGGAUACAUUCUUGUCGGGGACUUGAAAGCUUCAAACCCCAGCCCAAUGAUGACACCACGUUCCCAAAGACAUUUAAAACUUCCCAUGCUUCUGUGACCUCCUUUUACAGGCAGUGCGACACAUGUGUAAAUACUUACUGACUUAAUCGUUGCCAUUCCAGGCAGUUGCGCAUUAUUUGGCGUCCUAGCCUUGUAGCAUAGAAACUUCUAAAACAGGUCAUUAGCGUAGCAAACAGUCGUUUUUUCUCUUUCUUGACCCAGUCAGCGUGUGUUUUCGUCGUUGUACCACAUGUACUACUGUGGGUGACAUGACUCGUCGCCUUAUCGAGGUGUGGGACCGUGCACCUGUCUGUCCCCCUACUUCAAAGCGAUGUUUCCCGGCGCUACCUGUCAAUCACACCACACCUGGUCUCUGUUGACUUGGGUUGUAAAAUAGACUGCGGCGCAAAUGUAACAAACCGUGUUGUUUUGACCUUGUUUUCUUGUAGCAUUAAGUCCAUUUUAAUUGUAUAGUUUUAUCAUUGCUCUCUAAGGUAAAUUGCCAUCUAACUUGCAUUGGAAUACAUAACCCGAAAAAGGAAAUUGAAUAUUAAAAGUGUUAAUUUCUCCGAAUGUAUUUUUCCCAAACGGUCAAGGAAUUGUGUGCUGUAUGGACGCAGACCUCUGCUCCACUAUCUGCUGGUCUGGCGGGGCCCUUUCAAAUCCCUGAGUAAGAAGGUACAGAAGGUCUGCCGAUGGAUUGCGCUUGCUUACACUGGAAGGGCCAGUGGUUCUUGGGAAACGACGCUCAUGAGACGCAUAAACAAACACUCACCUCUGAACUGGUUCAGAGGCCCAGGUUGUACAAACAAAUGCAGAGUGGUGUUACUUCACAGACGGACUAUUUGGCUGUGCUUAAAAAAGGGCAAUCUGCAGUUGCUACAUCCCGUUUUAGACAUUUAAAUGAAUGAUAUACCCAUUGAUUCUUGAAGAAUAUAACUUUUAGAUGCCUCAUUAGCUUAGUUCAACUCUCGUACGCCAUCAGAACCUAAAAUAUAAACUUGUUUUGCUCCUUUGUCUGUAAACAAUGCAACUGUAAAAAAAAAAAUACUUUAAAAAAACACUGUAUGGCCUCAAAGCAUGGUUCAAACUAUAAUACCAUGGACGGUCAGUCCUUU